UCAAGCAGGCUAUUCUGGGCUUGUGGCUGCUUGGCUCCACACGUGGGCCGCCGUAGGCGUUCCGACCGGUAAUUCCUCUUACUGGUGUGCAGCAGCCGCAUUGAAGGAUAGAGUGGCAGCAGAGGUCAAGGAUCGUGAGUUGAUGGAGUUUGCUGCUGAAAAUGAAGGGAAGUCUGGGGGAGGUCUCCACAGCGUAGCUGAGGGGGUGCGGCCAAGUCCAGAGCCUGGCAGGGAGGGAGUAAGGGACUUAGCAGGGGCGAAGGAGUUCGGCGGCGGAGAGGAGGGGAAAGGGCUGACAGGGAUGAAGGAGAUAGAUGGAGAGGAAGGAAGCGGACAAAGGCCAGAGGAAAUACCGAUGGACUUAACGGUAGUGAAGCAGGAAAUGAUAGACUGGCCAGGUGCAGAAGGCAGGUUGUCUGGCCGGUGGGUAAAACAGGAGGUGGAGGAUAGGCCUGAGGUGAAGGAUGAGAACGCAGGCGUAUUGGAGGCGAAGCAGGAGACAGAUAGUAGUUUAGUGGUAAAAGAAGCGAAGGUGGGUGACCCAGAGGUAAAGGAAGAGAAGGUAAAGGACGAGGUAAUGGACUGGUCAGAAGUGAAGGAAGAGAAGGAUAACUUGGAGAUAAAACAGGAGAAGUUUGUUGGUCAAUGCAUAAAAGAGGAAGUGAUGCAUGGAGAGGGUGUAAAAGAAGAGAAGGAUUUCCUGAAGAAAGAAAUCGUGGAUGAUACAAAGGUGAAAGAAGAGCCUCCGAUAAAUCACCCUGUGGGCUGCAAGCGGAAACUGGCCAUGUCAAGGUGUGAAACUUGUGGUACAGAAGAAGCAAAGUACAGAUGUCCACGUUGUAUGCGAUAUUCCUGCAGUUUGCCCUGUGUAAAGAAACACAAAGCAGAACUGACAUGUAAUGGAGUUCGAGAUAAAACUGCAUACGUUUCAAUACAACAGUUUACUGAAAUGAAUCUCCUAAGUGAUUAUCGAUUUUUGGAAGAUGUGGCAAGAACAGCGGACCAUAUUUCUAGAGAUGCUUUUUUGAAAAGACCAAUAAGCAAUAAACAUAUGUACUUUAUAAAAAAUCGUGCCCGGAGGCAAGGUAUUAACUUGAAACUUCUACCCAAUGGAUUCACCAAGAGGAAGGAGAAUUCAACCUUUUUUGAUAAGAAAAAACAACAGUUUUGUUGGCAUGUGAAGCUCCAGUUUCCUCAAAGUCGAGCUGAGUACAUAGAAAAAAGAGUACCAGAUGAUAAAACUAUUAAUGAAAUCCUAAAACCUUACAUUGAUCCUGAAAAGUCCGAUCCUGUAAUUCGUCAAAGGUUGAAAGCCUAUAUUCGCUCUCAGACUGGGGUUCAGAUUUUAAUGAAGAUUGAAUAUAUGCAGCAAAAUUUAGUAAGGCCACUCAUCACUAAAUACAAGGGAGCAGAUAACCAGUCAUGUUUGUUAACAUUUCUUUUGACCUAAUUGGAUAUUGGAAGAAUAUGAGAUUUCAGGAACUUAAGAUAUUGUCAACUUAUUUCUGUAGAAAUUACUCCCAAAUCUAGAUACAGUUUUAACCUUUCUCCCAACCUCCAAAUCUUGGUUUCCAGCUAUCUUCAUUUACACAUCUCAUUAAAUCUUAAGCUCAACAUGUCUAGAUUUCAUUACACUGCAUCUAUUUCUUCCUGAUGUGUGUGUUUCAAAUUUAACGGACUGACUGUUCCUGGCAUCGAGUAAGCAGUCAACAAAUGUUUGUACACAUUUUCUAUUACUGGCACUGUUGUUCUAGUAAGCCAGGCGUAAGACCUUGCAGCUCAGCAUCUUCAACUACUUCUUGACUUCUACCUUGCCACCUUACCUUGCAUAAUUGACAUCCACAAUGCGUCUUCCAUUUGUCCUUUCUUCUCCAUUCGUUUUAGGUAGACUAUUAGUUACCAGUGUCUGCAACAGAGUUCAUUUCCUUCCCCCAAACUGGAUAUAAUUUCCGUAUCUUUAGAACCUUAAAAGUGUUUUGCAUUUCUCAUAGGUUUCUAUAAAUUUGACUUAUUUUAUCCCAAUAAAACUUAAAUCACAUGAUGAUUAACUCUCUUUUGAAGGCAGUGGUUGCCAUAGGCAUCUUCAUUUUUAUAUUUCCUGCAGAGUUGUGUUAGUGACUUUUCCACAGUAAGUGUUCAGUCUUAAUUUUUAAAUAAGUGUGCUAAUUCAUUAAAAUAUGUAUGUAUAUAUAUAUGUAUGCCUGCUGUAUGCUAGGUAUUGAUGCCACGUUAAUACUCUUAAGCAGGGCUUGGGCAACUUUUCCUAUAAAUGGCCAGAUAGUAAAUAUUUUCCAGCUUUGUGGGCCAUUUAGUCAUAAUUAGUCAAUUCUACCAUUGUAGCACGUAAGCAACUAUAGACCACUUAAAUGAAUGGACAUGACUAGAAUAUGGUCCAGUAAAAUUUUAUUUACAAAAACAGAUAGUGGGCUGGAUUUGGCUUCCUGGCUGUAGUUUGCCGAUCCCUGCUCUAAAGGGUUUUUUUUAUUGGUUUACAUGAUAUCUGUAUAUCAUGUAAACAGUUGGGGGCUUCAAUUCUCAACAUGUGAAAUGAGAGAGAGAGAGAGAGAAGAUUGUAACAAGGGCCCAGUAUAAUUUAAAAGUUACUUCAGAAAGUGUAGUACCUGCUCAGAGGUCAUGCUUUUUGAUACAUGAACCUGACCUAAAGUAUCAGUUAAGAUUGAUCAGGUCUGUAUUUUUCAUUUAUUCAGUUAACUUUCAUUGAGCCCCUUCCAUGUGCUAGCCCAGUGCUAAUACCUAGGGAUAUAUAGACAUCUACAAGAUUAGCCCUCAAAGAGCUCAUAGUCUAGGUGGGAAGAAUGAUAUGUGAUAAAUACUGCAAAAGAUAGAUACUUAAAAUACAAGGCAUAAAAGUUGCCCAGUGGGCCGGGCGCGGUGGCUCACGCUUGUAAUCCCAGCACUUUGGGAGGCCGAGGCGGGCGGAUCACGAGGUCAGGAGAUCGAGACCACGAUGAAACCCCGUCUCUACUAAAAAUACAAAAAAUGAGCCGGGCGUGGUGGCGGGCGCCUGUAGUCCCAG